AUGGAUGUUGACGGUAGCUGCACCAAUGUGGCUCUCGAAGCCGCUGCCGUCGGUUCCGUCUUCAGUGGUCCCUUCUUCCACAUCAAUGCUUCUAAGGGUGUCCAUCCUCCAGUGCGCCGUUCUUUCGGUUUCCUAGCCACCUUGGCCGAUCGGUGGCAGGCCCAUUGA